GCGUCGUCCUUCAAAGACUACCUGAGCUCGUCCGGAGUCCACCCUCCCUUCACGCUACUGGCGCCCACCAACCACGCCAUCGAGAACAGCCGAGUCAGCACUGCCCGACUGCAGGAGAUCAAGGCCAAGAAGGAAGAUGCGGACGUCUUUGUGAAACGUCACAUUCUACCCACCCCGCUGUGCUGCAGUGGCGUGGGCGUGUCGUCGUGGCUCUUCACGAACCGCGUCAAGACCCUCAACGAGAACCUCACCUACAAAAUUCGCAAGGAUUCGCGCAACCGUGUGCGCAUUGGCGAGGCCGUGGUCCAGCAGUGCGACAAGAUGGCGAGCAACGGCAUCGUGCACAUCGUGGACCAGCCUAUGGUACCCCCGAGGCCUGCGUGGAACGUGUUUGCAGCGCCCGAGCCCGUGACCAGCGACAGGCGACGAGCAUCGGAUCUCGAAGUUCUCCUGUUUGGAUUGUGAGGGGAAGUUAAUAAUUAUUUGCAGUAUUUAUUUCACGUUUCGCUUAUUGUU